AUGGGCGGCCCAAAGGUUACGCUGCUGCUUACGUUUGAUUCUAUUCUUGGGUCGGUCUGGUCAGCCUGGUCACCUGACAGGAGACCGAACAAACCAAGCAAACCCGCCGAGGUCACCGCGAAUGGUGUUGCCUGCAGCCCUACGAGGGUGGAGCUCGGGACACUCGGGCUGGACCACCGCCGCCGGGGCCUCCUCCCCCGCGGACGGGCUAUCAACAACCUCCUCCCCAAUGGCAGCACUCCCCACACCCCCCCGCCUCAGCCCUAUCAGCAGCAACCGCCGCCGCAGCCCUACUACCAACAACAUCGCCAGCGUCCCUCCUACUCGGACCUGCCCCCAGGGGCCUAUCCGGGGGCCGCACCGUACGGUCAUGCGCCUUCACCGCACCCACCUUACGCACACGCACAGUCUCCACAGCCUCCCUAUCGACCAAAUGCCUCGCCUCGUCCACCUUAUGGGCAGCACGCCCCAUCGCCCCAACCGGGGCAUCGCCAGAACUUGAGUGUACACAGUAACGGUCUACCUCGCUCGAAUUCUCCAAAUCUGCCUCCCGCCCCGCCGCAGAACCUCCAACAAUUCGGCAAUGGCGCGCCUUCCAACUACCAGUUUCAGUACUCGGCAUGUACCGGGCGGCGGAAGGCCCUGCUCAUUGGGAUCAACUAUUUCGGCCAGGCCAACGCCCUGAAUGGAUGCAUCAACGACGUCACCAACAUGUCUACUUUCCUGCAUGAGCGCUUCGGCUAUCGCCGCGAGGACAUGGUCAUCCUCACGGACGACCAGCGGAACCCGAUGAGCGUCCCGACGAAAAACAACAUCAUUCGCGCCAUGCAUUGGCUGGUCAAGGACGCCCAGCCCGACGACUCCCUCUUCAUCCACUUCUCGGGCCAUGGCGGGCGGACGCCCGAUCUCGAUGGCGACGAGGACGACGGGUUCGACGACGUGAUCUACCCGGUGGACUAUCAAACGGCCGGACACAUCGUUGACGACGACAUGCACGCCAUAAUGGUGCGGCCCUUGCGACCCGGUGUGCGAUUGACGGCCAUCUUCGACUCGUGCCACUCCGGUACUGCAUUGGAUCUCCCGUACAUCUACUCGACCCAGGGCGUCCUGAAGGAGCCCAAUCUGGCGAAGGAAGCCGCCCAGGACCUGUUCACAGUGUUCACCGCCUACGGACAAAGAGAUCUAUCGAGCAUGGCAUCCACCGCCAUUGGGUUCUUGAAGAAGGCGGCCAACGGAGGCCAAGCGCGGGAACGUACCCUCCAAACCAAAACCUCGCCAGCUGACGUGGUCAUGUUCUCCGGAUCCAAAGACACCCAGACAUCAGCUGACACCUUCCAAGACGGUCAGGCGAGGGGCGCCUUGAGCUGGGCAUUUAUCAAAUCGCUGAAACAGUGGCCCCACCAGAGUUACCUGCAGCUGCUGAACACCAUCCGGGCGGAGCUCGACGGGAAAUAUACCCAGAAGCCGCAGCUGAGCUGCAGCCAUCCCCUUGAUACCAAGCUACGCUUUGUGAUGUGA